AUUCGUCUUGUUUUGAUUUGACAAAUUUUAUUUUUGCAGAACAAUAAGCAUUAUUAUUAUUAUUAUUUUUAGUGUCCACUAGCUUUAUGUGUCGCUUUCCAGGACUCUGUGAAUGAAAAUGUCCUGAACGGUGACAUCUAAAACUAUACCAGUUUUUGCCAAACUAUGUACAUCUGCCUCACAGCUGGAUUGCAUUGUCAAAGUUUGGGCAUUCUCGAUUGGCCACCACAGCUGGACGUUACGCAACAUGAUUAUUCUCCGUAGUAAUACAUCACAAGAUACUUUAUAUAAAGUUAUAUCAGAGGAUGCAUUAACAGCAUCACUGAUAUCACCUGAGUUUUAAGUGCAUUAAUAUCUCGACACAGAAAAAAGGCGAUGGUCAUGAAGGUUUUCUUGAUGAAGUUUAUCUUGAUCCUGAUAUCAUCAGUCUUUCCUUUCCUUUCUGUUCAUGCUUUUGAAGGGCCUCAAAUUCUAAAAAUGACUUUAGCAAAAACGGGAGCUCGGACUUGUAAUGAAAAUGAGAGAUGUGCUUAUAUAGAAUACGACCGAAACGAUGACAGAAUAAAAGGGUUUAAUUAUACAGAUUGUGAAUGCCCAGAUGACUUGGAAUGCACAUAUGAUAGUGAUCUUUCUCACACUGAGACGUUUUACAGUUGCGAAUUAGCUCCAUGGUGCAAGAAAUACUUGACUAGGCUUUUAGAAAAUAAUAGUUUUGCAUACAUAUAUCGAUGUAUGAACAGUACCACGUAUAUUCAAUACGAAACGUCCACACAGAAUGAGACAUCCAUCCAGAAUGGGACUGCUGUUGACGGACUGCCUGACCAGUUUGAAGUAACUCCUUUGCAGAAGAGAGCAGUCGACAUAGAGGAUGAAGUAGCUCACCUCGAUAACGAAGCGUUUAACCUGAAGAAUGUAGCAGAUUACUGGGAAAAGGAAGAGCAAGAAUGAAAUUGUUCAGAUCGCAGGUAAACGAUCCCCGACAGUAAGAAAACUCACCUACAAAACGAGAGGGUAAAAGAGAACAUUUGGAGCAUAAGGCAGCCUGUUCAGCUGAUCUUGGAACCUCAAAAUAUUUUUUAUCAAUUAAUUUCACUUUAUAAUGAUUUUAAUGAUUGGAUUUAACUAUUUCAUGUAAGUCGACCUUUGUGAGCCCAGUUUUAAUGAUAUAAUUUCAGUAAACUGGU